CCUUCUGUUUCCGUGUGUGAGGCAGGGUAGUGGUGUGAUUUCAGAGGAGACGUUCAUCUGUCAAAAUGCAGGACCCCAAUGAAGACACAGAGUGGAAUGAUAUCCUGAGGAAGAAAGGUAUCCUUCCUCCUAAGGAGGUCCCUAAAGAUGAUGAAGAGGAGGAGCUGGCCCUUCAGCAGCAGUCUAUUGUCAAAACGUACGAGAGCAUGACACUAGAAGAGCUGGAGGAGAAUGAAGAUGAGUUCAGUGACGAUGAUGAAGCUGCUAUUGAGAUGUACAGACAAAAACGGCUCGCUGAGUGGAAGGCGACGCAGAUCAAGAACGCGUUCGGAGAGCUGGAUGAAAUCUCCGGACAGGACUACGUCAAGGAGGUCAACAAGGCCGGAGACGGCAUCUGGGUGGUGCUGCACCUCUACAAACAAGGCAUCCCUCUGUGCGCCCUCAUCAACCAGCACCUGAGCGUACUGGCCAGGAAGUUCCCUCAGACCAAGUUCCUCAAGUCCAUCUCCACCACCUGCAUCCCCAACUACCCCGACCGCAACCUGCCCACCGUCUUCGUCUACUUGGAGGGGGAGAUGAAGGCUCAGUUCAUCGGGCCGCUGGUGUUCGGCGGCAUGAACCUCAAAGUAGAAGAGCUGGAGUGGAGGUUAUCAGAGAGCGGAGCGGUGAAGACAGACCUAGAGGAAAACCCCAAAAAGCAAAUUGAAGACAAGCUGAUGUCAUCAAUCAGAUCGUCGCUUCCCUCACGAAAGGACAGCGACUCUGACGAUGAGGACUAAUAAGACACAAUCUGUCACAGCUGAACACACAGGCUGCUAAAAAAAACACUCAGAGGACCGUAUUAAAAAAAAACAACAGUUUGAGCAGGGACAGAGAAGGGGCUGCAUCUCCUUUAUCAGCACCUACUUUUCAUAUUUUUUCGGGGGGGGGGGGGGGGGACAGAAUCACACCCGUGACCUCGUGAUGGAACCAUCCCGUCCUCCCAUUGUUCUCAACUGGGAAACAGCUCAACAAUCACUCUUUUUAUAACUCAAAUUAACAUCACACUCAAUGACCCAAAUCUUUACAAAAGCUUCAAAGACAAAAUUUGAGUUUUUUAAUUAUGUUUCACACAUAUACAUUUCAAACUGUUAAAUGCGAGUUCAUUUGCCACAAUAAUUCAUGUUUUUUUGUCUAAGUGCUCAUUUAAAUGGAAUGUGCGUCACGGUUGAUUUAUAAAGGACUUAUAAAGGA